UUUGUAUUUAUCGGGUGUGUGUCUAGUUCCGAAAAAAAAGAAUACUGGACUAAUUGCACUUCACAUGUGUACAAUGACAUAUUGUUAUACACAUUGUUUGUGUAGGUGUAUGUACAAUGCAUAAAUUUCACAAAAUGUGAGUUCCAUUACCUGACGAUUUGUACAUCUAGCAUCAAAUCCUACAUAUUGGAUAACAAACUGUUUUGAGUUUGUUUUUAUUUCUCUCUGAGUAAUGAUGACAUAUACAAGAAUUGGAUGAAUCCAUAUUGAAAACUCUUUUCCUGGUGCUUUUCUAUUCAUUAUUUCAAUUGAAAACAAUGUCAUAAUCACUUACAUUGAUGCAUGUAUCUUAUGCCAUUAUGAAUUUCAAAAAACAAACUCUUUGUUCAAGUGUCCAAUAGACGCAUCGUAUCUGGUCAGAAAAAAAGAAUCAAAACAAAUUUUUAAAAAUAAUGUUUCAAGAAAAAUCAAAAGAGGAACAAUAAAUUACGAAAGAAUUUUUGUGAAAAAUUAAAUCAAUUAUUUUUCAAUUUUAAAAUAUCUAAAGAACAAAACAACAAAAAACAAAACAUGAAAGUUGAAUUCACUUUACCUUCAGCACUUCAAUAUGGUGAUUGUAUAGAAGUGAAUGGUAAAGCUGGUAAUAACAAAUUUUCAAUUGAUUUAAUCUCUGAUUAUUUAGCAUUUGAUCCAACUAUACUUGAUGAAUAUAAUGAUAAAAUGGAUGAAUGUGAAUUGCCCAUUGUAGAAACUCAACCAUUACAAAUAUUAAUUGAAACAACUGGUAGUUGGGAUAUUAAUGCUAAUUCACCAGAAACUAGUACAUCAUCACACGGUAGUUCAGCGAAACGAUUUGGUUUUCGUGCAAAUGAAAAUUUUGUCUGUCGAGUUGUAAUUAAAACGGAAUAUUAUGUUGUUUAUCUAAACGAUAUGGUGUUGUCAAACUCGGAACAUUUAGUUCCUGUCGGUUCUAUCAAUGGCUUUACAAUUGAUGGUGACUCUGUCAUUUCCACUAUAUUAUUUGGUGAUUUAAAUGCAAUUGAAAAAUACAAUUCAAAUCAUGCUUUACAACAAAUUCCGUCAGUGAAUCCAAAAAUUAUUGAAUGUCGAUUAACAUCGGAUGAAUUAUUAGCUACUGUUUUAUGUAAUGACACUGAAGAAUAUUCCAUUCAUUCAAAUCCAUACACUGAUGAUCAUGUUGAGAAUAACCAUAAUAAUAAUAAUAAUAAUAAUAAUAACAUGAAAAUCAAUAGUUUCAAUGAUAUUAAAGCGAAAACCAAACAAGAUGAUAUUUCCAAUGUGAAAUAUACAAUUACAGAAAAUCAUGCGAAUAGAAAACAAGCAUGGAAAGAUAGAAAUUUACAGAAUUUAAAAACAGAGAAUACCGGUUCUAUGUGCAAUACAACAAAUUUAAUUUAUUCUAACAAUGAAUCUACAAACCAGUCGUAUGAUAAUAAUAAUAAUAAUAAUAAUAAUAAUAAUAAUAAUAAUUGUAAUAAUAAUAUAGACAAUUUUGUAACUAAUAACAACAAACAAAAUUUAAACAAUACAAACAAAUUAAUCAGAGCUUCAUCAUAUCAAUUAGUAUUUGAUGUGGAUAGUGAUUCAAAUGAAGAGAUUGAUCGAGAUGAUGUUAAUGAAACAUCAAUGAAAAAUGUUCAACUACCACCUUUAUUCAAUCAGACAAGAGCUAAAAGUAUUCAAAAUCUAUUUCAUUUUCAUCAUAAUCAUUAUGAUCAUUUUGAUCAUGUCAAUAAAUUUAUGCAUGAAUCACAACAAUCAAUAGUGGAAGAUCAAGACAAUACUAUUGAUCAGCUAAAAGAUACAAUAAGCCAUUCAAUGUUCAAUGCCACAGGUGGAAACAAAUCAUUGGAUUUCAAUGAAAUGAAUAAUUUGAAUCAAUUAUCUGGGAAAUUUUCAACAUCACAACUAUUAGAACUAGUGAAAGAAGAAUUGGAACAGGAUGAAACACAUGAUGACAGUGUAGAAUGUAUACAAACUGAUAAGAGUAAGUUAGGACAAGAAAAUAUGGCUGUUCAGCAUACAAAUGAGCUACACACAGAUUAUUUGUCUAAUUUUGUUAAAUCAAUCAAUAAUUUAACAGAAGACGAAUCUGAGCCAAUUGGAGGAAGUACAAUGUUGAACAGUGAAAAAAUAAAUGUACCAAGCGAUGAAACAAUCGAGACAACUACUUCAUUAAAUGAAAAAGAUCAUGAAGAACAAUUUAAGCUGAAACAAUCAGAUGAUAAUAUGUCAUGUGAGUCGAAAAUACCAAUUUUCCGAAAUAGUCUAUCUAAUAAACAUACUCCAGAUUCAAUGACUAAUGGUUUACAAGAAAUCAAGGUUAAACCUUUAAAAUCAGCUCGUAAAGUUAAAUUGUAUUCAAAAGAAAAUGAUUCAUCACAUCUAGAUAAUUGUUCAAUUUCAUCUUGUUCAGAUAAACAAGGAUUAAUUCAUUCUAGAAUUCCACAACCUUUUCGUUCAAUAUCCAACAGUCAUAGCAAUAUUAAUAUCAAUCAAUCAAAUGAUCAGUUGAAUGAAAUGGUCAAUCAAAAAUUACCAAUAAAUAAAUCAUUGAUAAAAUCUACUCCUGCUCCUCCUCAGAAAUAUUCGCCUAAUAAACAGUCUGUUGUUACUAGAUCAAAAUCAGAAUUACAGAGUGAUUCCAUUUCUAAAGCUGCUAAUAUCAAUAAACAUGUCAUGAAUCGAACUCCAUUAAAAUCAAGUCGACAAUCUAAGGAAACUAGAAAAUCCUAUCCAUUAUUAAGUAAUGACAUGAGAUCAUUACACAAUACAGAGAAAACUACUAAACAUUUUAUAAAAUCGCCAUUAUUAAAUAAAUCACCAACUACAUUCACAACAACAGCAUCAGCAUCAUCAUCAUCCUCGUCAUCGUUAUCAUCGGUGUCGACAAAAUUAUCCUCGAAUUCAAUCGUGAAAUCUUCAUUACAUUCAAAUGGAUUAAAUAGUAAAAAACAGAAAAUCAUCGAAACAAAUCAGAAAUUGUUAAAUCUCAAUCAAUCACAAGAGCAUGCGAUCGAUGCAAAUCCAGGCAAAAUCAAUGAAACCAUAGAAUUCAAGUCUACAAAUGACAUACCAUUGAAUUCCAUUUCAACUGAUCCAAAACACAAAGACUAUUUGAAUUUAUUCAAUCAAUCAAUAAUAAGUCAACAAUGCAAAGUGAUUAAUCAAAUCAAUUCAACAACAACAAAAUUAAAAGAAAGAGAUCAAUCAGUAUUAUUCAAUGGAUUACAUGAUAAGAAUAGUUCUUGUUUCAAUGAUAAAGGAUUGAUGAACGGUACACAACCAUUAUGUGAAAAUAAUCAUAUUUUAAACAAUUCAAAUAAUAAUAAUAAUAAUAAUUCCACCACAACUGCUAAUAUGAAAAUGGAUCUAUUAAAGAAUUGUAUCAAACAAGAAAAAGAAUUACACAAUGAAUAUUUAACGUUCAAUGAUCAAUCUAGUUCGGAUCACGAUGCUAGAAUUGAUCUAAAUAACCAUUUAAAUGGUCACAUGACAAUGAUGAAGUCAAAAUUAACAACAGACAUUAAUGACAUAAACAAUGCAAAUAAUUUACAAUCUACACAAAAUGGUUACACAUGCGACACUGACGUUCAUAUACAUGAGAUGAAAUUAAAUUUGAAAGAAAAUAAUGAUAAUUAUUUAAGUACUUCAACAACAACAACAACAACACCAACAACAUCAUCAUCAUCAGUUAUAAAUACACUGGAAAUGUCUAAGACACCAGCAAUAAUGACUGAAUCAACAACAAAUGGCAGUUUAUAUUGUGAGAAAAUUAAAACUUCUAAAAAAUUUAUACAAUCACCUAAAAAAUGGUUAACCCCAUAUAAACAAACAAUAUAAACGUCAGAAGCAGUGUACUACUUGUACAAAAGUUUCAUUGUUAUAAUGAUAUGAGUUAAUAACAACCAUCACACAAACAAAACAUACGAAACGAUGAACAACACAUGCACACACACACAUAUGUCAAUCGAUAAAACAAGCUGAAGAAUAAUUCGUCAAUAGGGGCGUAAACUUACAACACAUCCGAAUAAAUUAUAAAACAUUUAUGAUAUUAUAUAUAUAUAUUUCACUAUCAGUAUGAAACUCAUCAUAGAUAAGCUUCUUUUUUUUUAUCUAAACAGUGAUAAAUAAUACUAACGAUCAUUAUACUAUGAAAUCUGUGAAUUGUAAUGAUAUUUGUUUGAAAAAUAUAUAUACACACCAUCAUUGUUUAUGAAAAAAUGAAGAAAAAAAAUGUAUUUUGUGACAAACAUUUCAUUUUAUCUUUUUUAUAGUUGACAUUUUAAACAAAAGAUAACUUCCGUUUUUUUGUAUAUUUUUCUAUUAAGUUAAAAUUUUAAUUUUUAAAUUGUUCUUCAAACAAGAGUAUAAUAUGUAUGAUUAUUUGAAAAAAAAAUUAGCAAUUAUUCAGGAGACAACUACAUUAAAUUUAUUCAAUGUUUAGUCUGAUUUCUAAGUGU